UUCGCUUUCCAUCUGACUGGGGCUUGCUCUGGCUGGCCUUGGUUGGCACCGAUGUCCCACAGCUGGUUAGAUCCCCUGGGACGGGCGGCUUCCCCAGCUUGGAGUUCGUUGUGGGUUGGACAGGCCACUGCGGGUCAGGCUCUGUGGGGCGGCGUCCAGCCAGGGCUGCUCGUCUAGGGUCUGGCAGCUGCGCUUCCUCCCCUCUCCGUCUCGCUGUGGCUGUUCCGUGGCAGGGUGGAGAGGAAGGAAGCUGGGGUGGCUGUCGCAGAGUCGGUGCGCUCGGGCUUGGGCUGCGGAACGUAGGCCGGAGGAUCUGAGGCCAAGCUGACCCCCGGAUUGGUGCCCAGCCGUGAGCGUGUGUCCGUGCGGGGCUCGUGGGGCAGAUCCCGGGCGCCAUUGAGGUUGGGGAGAAUCCAGGCCGGACCCGAGGGCAGGGGCCCAGCAGCUGUUCCUGCCGGGGAGCCAUCAUCUGUGCGGGGUCACCAUGCAGCGCACCGGGUCCCCCAUCACCACGGAGACCGACAUCGACCUCACCGCCGCGCUGCUGCCUUCGGGGGGGACGCGGAGCCAUCAGCACGCCAUCAAGACGGCCGUCAGCGAGACGGGGGCGCUGCCCGCACCGGGCUACGAGGGUCCCCCCCCUCCCACCGGCUGCCGCUGCUGUGGCCUCGCUAAGCUGCAGACGGGAGCCCAGCCCGGUGCCGGCUGCCGGCUCUGGAACACCCCCUACCCCAAGCUGCCCCCGGGGACCUGCCCGGGAAAGGGCUUUGGCCAGUCCACCCUGCCGUUCAGCUUCGGGACCAACUCUGCGCCCCCUCACCGAGACCCCCGCCUGACCCUGCAGCACGGCAAGCUGCCCGCCGGGACGGCCAGGCUGGGCAGCGGGCCUGGGGGAGAGCCAGGGAGGUGCAGGGGCCUCAAAGUCCUGGAUCUAGAGCUCUGGGAAGGCCCAGAGACCAAGCCAGGGCUGGAGGACGGGACGGCUCCCCCCUUGGCCUUGGAGAAGCCCCCCAUCCCAGAAGACUGCUCCCCCUGGGCUGAAGCUCGGCUCUGCUCCAUGCAGCCGGGACGGGAUGUGUCUCCGCCCGAGAGUCACCGUGUUCUCCAGGAAGAGCAGGGCUGUACAGGCGUCCCUCCCAGCGCAGCUCUCGGCCUCUCGGCGGGCAGGGCGGGCGCACGCCGGGCCGAGGGCACAGGCCGUGGGCUUGACCCCAUGGCGUCGGAACCGGCAGCCGAGCCGCGGUGGGACGGCAGCAUCGCGCUGAGCGAGGGUGCGAGGGAGCCGGUGAUCAGCCGGGAAGGGGCACGGGACAUCCCCCAUCCUGCGGGGAGCGGGCUGGCCCCGGGCGCCCCCCCUGAGCCAGACCCCGUCUCAGCACACCCACCGGGAGAGGAGCUGCUGCCGGAACGUCCUGGCGGGACAGAGGAGGGCGCGGUUACGAGACGGCCCCGGGGCACCGAGCUGGGGAGGCGGCCGGGCACCGGCAGUUCUGUUUGCUCGGUCAGCCCGGACCGUCAGAGCAGCAAGCCCGUCUCCCAGGAGCCGGCCAGCCAGGCCCAGAGAAUCGGGGACCUGGGGCCCGCGGGUGCGAGUGCUCCCACUAAGAUGUCCGUGGAGGACGCCUACGGGAGGCUCACCAAGGCCUGUGGCCUGUCCCUCCUGGAGAAGCUGAGACGGACGUUCCUGGACGUUGAGGGCGGCUGCUUCUCGCUCCUGGAUUCCGGCCUGGUCUUGGGGCGAGUGGAGGAGCACCCGGCGCUGGGGCUGGCCGUGCUGCCCAUGCGGGAUGGGCGGAAGCUGGCCACGACCCUGCCCAACUCCAGCCUCUUCCUGUACUAUGCUCUGGGCCGCCAGUUCUAUGUCACGGAGAAGCUGGCAGAUCGCUGGUUCCGAGCGCGGGACCGGGUCACCGGGGAAAGCAUGCUGAUGAAAAAGGUGCCCGUGGUCUCCGACUGGAGGAAGAUGUUACACAAUUUCCUGUUCCUGCCCCCUCACCCCAGGCUGCUGGUGCCCUACGCUGUCCUGUAUGACCGCAACGGCUCCAUCCUCUACCUCAUGGAGGACAGGGACGUGCACGCUGUGGGGCGGCCACCCGAGGGGCCCAGCCUGCAGGGAGCUCGAGCCCUGCAGCAGGUGCUGAGCUUCCUGAGCUUCUGCAAACGCCACCACUUCCACCCCGGGGACGUCGGCGCGGCCUCGAUCUACACGGCCCAGGGCGUCUGCUUUGACCCCAGCAGCCUGUCCAGCAGCGAGGACCCCUACGCCUUCCGGAAGAGCAUGAAAACCUGCCUGCGCCCGCUGCUGGCCCAGCACCAGGGGCUCGCGGGCCUGGACUCCCUGGUGGACAGCAUGUGCCAGCACCUGGAGGAGGAGGAGAGUCCGGAGCCCAGCGACACGCCGAGCAGCUACGCCCCUGGGGCCAGCCCCAAGUGAGCAGAGCCCAGGCCCCGCAGCUGCCCCCCUCCGGAGAUGAGCACGUCCCUGGGAUGCCUGGAGGCAGAGCGCUGGGAUCCAGCUGUGGACGCUGCUGGCAGGGGCAUCCCAGGGUGGGUGGGUGCACCGGGGGGGGCAGGCGCUGGGUGUGGGGGUUGGCACCGGUAGCCCUGCUCUGGGCUGGGCCAUCGAUGAAUUCAGCGAGGUGAGAGGAAUGACACGGAUUGCAGUGGGGCGCCGAGGGGAUUUGUGCUGGCCCCUUGGCUGCAGGAGCCCCACAAACCCUGCAGAUGGGCCCCGACUCCCCCGGCUCAUCGGCAAACCCCCCAGCCCUGGCCAAGGACCCGCGGAACGCUCCAGCAUCCCUGUUCCCAAAGAAGGCAGGCCUGGGACCCGAGAGCGCCUGGCUCCACCUGUGGCCUUCACCUUUCUCGUCACCUCGGUUGUGCCUCAGUUUCCCCAUCCCCGCCCUGUGGAGAAUGCUGCUUUCCUACCUGCGAGGAGCCGAAGGGUUGUGAGGGGGGGCUGAGGUCCCCCCUGCCAAGUGCCUUCAGGAUGCAGAGCCCCUUGGGUGGCCCCAGUAAUUAGCACAAGGUAACGAGGCUCAGUGUAAGAUCAGGGGAAACGGACAGGCUCGCAGGCUGGCCGGCCGGGGACUUAGGGCAAUGGGCAGGUGCUUCAAGGACCCACUUUUAUAAUCAUGCAUCCCAACCUCUGUAAUAAGUGUAUCCUUCUGCAACAGAAAAUAGUCCUUGGACAUACAUAUAUUUUGGCUGAA